UGUGUGUGCCUGAAGUGGGCGACAGUGGUCCAAGGAAAAAGAGAGUCAGUCGUGUUUUAUUGCGGGAAUUUGUUUAAGCGCUACGCUACAAGGCAGAAACUUGUAAAUGGCUGAGUGUCGUUUCUGGCGGAGAGAUGGGCGGAAAAAGGCGUUCCUGAUUUAUUAGUUCGGGCAAUGAAUAAUAAAUAAUCCACUUUCGGAAUGUGGAAUUAAUUCGAAAACAAAAAUAGAUGCACAUGUUCUCUCUUCGCUAGUGGUGACCAGAGGAGAGGAAGAGGAAGGAAAGAAGAGGAAUCGUAGCGUGUUUAGCAGUGCACCGACGACAUGGGCCAGUGUUCUGCUAAGAACAUCGCCGUCGCUGUGGACGGUGAUGGCGAUGGCGAUGGUGACGGCGGAUGCGACGUCCGUCGCUCAUCGUCGCCUGUGCCUGCGACGGGCGGCCCCGCCGCGUCGUCCCCGGCCCCAGUCAACAGCGCGGGGACCCCCGCUAGAUCUUCGUCGGCCAGCCCCUGGCCGAGUCCUUACCCCCGGAGCGCGGCCGGUAGCCCUCUGGCUUCCGGGAUCGCGCCGUCCCCGUCGCGGUCCACGCCGCGGAGGUUCUUCCGCCGCCCGCCGUCGCCCGCGAAGCACAUCAAGGCGUCGCUGGCUAAGCGCUUCGGACGAAAGAAGCCCAUCGACGCUUCUAUCCCUGAGGACGGAGCCGGGGAUGGAGCCGGAGGAAGAGAAGAGGAAGCGGAGCGGCAUCUGGACAAGAGCUUCGGGUACGAGAAAAACAUAGAGUCGAAGUAUGAGAUCGGAAAGGAGGUGGGAAAGGGGCAUUUUGGGAAUACAUGCUUGGCGAGGGCAAAGAAGGGAGAGCUCAAGGGUCAGCUAGUCGCUAUCAAGAUCAUCUCUAAAGCUAAGAUGACAACAGCAAUUGCAAUUGAAGAUGUUCGUAGGGAAGUGAAAAUCUUGAAAUCUCUAGCUGGGCAUGCUAAUUUGGUGAAAUUUUAUGAAGCAUAUGAGGAUGAAAUUAAUGUCUACAUAAUCAUGGAAUUCUGUGGAGGAGGAGAAUUGUUGGAGAGAAUCCUUUCCAGAGGUGGAAAGUACACGGAGAAAGAUGCGAAAGUAAUUGUAAUACAAAUUUUAAGUGUAAUUGCCUUUUGUCAUCUUCAAGGAGUCGUUCACCGUGAUCUGAAGCCAGAGAAUUUUCUAUUUACUACAAAGGAUGAAAAUGCACCGAUGAAGAUUAUUGAUUUUGGACUUUCCGAUUUUAUCAGACCAGAUGAAAGACUAAAUGACAUUGUUGGUAGUGCAUAUUAUGUUGCACCUGAAGUCCUACAUAGAUCAUACAGCACAGAAGCAGACAUGUGGAGCAUUGGUGUUAUAGCAUAUAUAUUACUGUGUGGUAGCAGACCCUUCUGGGCUCGGACUGAAUCAGGAAUUUUCCGGGCUGUACUGAGAGCCGAUCCUAAUUUUGAUGAAUCGCCGUGGCCUACAAUAUCUCUGGAAGCCAAAGACUUUGUUAGAAGGUUGCUAAAUAAGGAUUAUAGGAAAAGAAUGUCUGCUGCAAAAGCUCUAUCUCACCCUUGGUUGCGAGAUGAGCAUCAUCAGAUCCCUUUGGACAUACAAAUCUACAAGUCAGUCAAGUUCUAUAUCCGCACCACGCCUUUCAGAUGUGCUGCCAUGAAGGCUCUGUCAAGUGCUCUAACAGAGGAUGAACUCUUAUAUACAAGAUCCCAAUUUAAUUUAUUGGAACCAAAUAAUGAUGGCUGCAUUUCUGUUGAGAAUUUUAGAAUGGCUCUCUGGCAGAAUGCUACUGAUGCUAUGAAGGCAUCCAGGGUUCCUGAUAUAUUAAAUGCAUUGGAGCAGCUAUCAUACAGAAGGAUGAACUUUGAAGAGUUUUGUGUUGCAACAAUCAACCCUUAUCAGCUUGAGGCUUUGAAAGAAUGGGAACAAAUCGCCACUAGGGCAUUCCAAUAUUUCGAGGAAGAAGGCAAUCGAGUCAUCUCUAUCGAAGAACUAGCACAGGAGAUGAACCUCGCCCCUGCAGCUUAUUCUAUGAUGUGUGACUGGAUCCGACCUGCUGAUGGUAAACUCAGCUUCCUUGGGUUCACCAAAUUUUUGCAUGGUGUGACGAUACGUAACUCUAGAACAAGAUACCAUCAUUAGAUUGUUCUAAUUUGUUUUCAUCAUUGGCAUUCCCUAUAGAAACUCUCACUUUUACCUUUCUUUUUCUUCCCCUUUUUGUAGAGCAUCGGUGUACAAAACGAAUAUUGUUAUAUCAGUCCCAGAUUUGGAUUUCAAUCAACCUUUUAGGCGCAU